AUGAAACUGCAUCUCUAUACUUCAUUUUUUCUACUUCUCGCCCUUAUUCCUUCUUUUCUAGCUUGCAAUUAUUUUACAGCCCUUGGGUGUGGAUUGGUAAGUUAAGUACAAAACAACAAGAUUGAUAGCAAUAAGCCUAACGUUGCAGAAAUACAGUUCUGCCUUGGACACUAAAAAGUUGAAUGGCACCAUACUUCAACGUAUUGAAAGUCGUCAGAAAAUCUGUGAUGCUAUGGAUGAAUGUGCCGAGGUGCUUGUAGAGUGUAAAAAAGAGAUGAACGAGACUGGGAAGGUGCCAAAAAACUUGGAUCGCUCAUUAGAAGUGUUUUCUGUUGGUUGUCCAAUUUUGCGUCGGAUCUAUAAAGACGAUUUUGUUGAUUGUGCUUUCAUUUUGGAACGAAAUGAGGAGAAAAGUGAAUGUGAAUAUAAACUGAAACCGGAAUCAGAUGACGGUUCGAAUCAAGCUAAAUUUGAAGCUAUUUUUAAUCAGUGUGUUGAUGGAAUCGUGAAAACUGAAUGCACUUCGGAUCAAUGGAGAAUCUAUAAAGUUGUGGGUUUUUCACAACACAUAAGUUUUCAAUUUUAACUAGUUUUUUCAGUAUCGCGAAACUUUCAUUGAAUUUCUUGCAAAAUAUGGUGAAUUGAAUGCCGAAGACAGACUUCUGAAGGAUAUUUCAUUUCAAUAA